AGUUUACAGCUGAACGGGAAGCUGGUGGAGAACCUCAAGACUCUCUUCAGCGCCUCGAGGAUGACGCUGAUCCAGCGAGGGGCGGUCCCUGCCAUCCUACGAGGGGCUGAUGUGAUGAUGAAGGCGAAGACGGGGACGGGGAAGACGCUGGCGUACUUGACGCCCGUGGUGGAGUGGUUGGUGACGAGGAAGGAGCGGCUUACAAGAGCCGAUGGCUCUUUCGCUCUCAUCGUUGUCCCUACCCGUGAGCUCGGGCUGCAGGUACACGAAGUUCUCAGCAACCUGCUGCGGCCGUUCCAUUGGCUGGUGCCAGGGUUGCUGAUAGGAGGAGAGAAGAAGAAGUCGGAGAAGGCGAGGAUACGGAAGGGGCUGUCUGUGCUGGUGGGGACGCCGGGGAGGCUGUCGGACCAUGUCAGGACCACCGAGUGCUUCAACGUCAAGUCGAUGCAGUUCCUGAUCUUUGACGAGGCGGACCGGUUGAUGGACAUGGGGUUCGAGCAGGAUAUCAACUGUAUCUGCGACUUCGUGCGGGAGAAGCGCGACAAGUCCUGCCCGACCAGGAUGCAGACCGUCCUCGUCUCAGCUACCCUUCAGCAGAAGGUCAGGCAGUUUGCGCACUCCCUGCUCUCGUCCCCCGUCUAUGUCACCGACUCGUCCUCGGGUGCCAUGAUGACGGAGACAGGAGAGGAAGGGAAGGAGGAGGAAGCAGGGGAAGGGGAGGACGAGGAGAACAAGAAGUUCGAGCUGCCAUCGCGGCUCCGGCAGUACUGGAUGUCGAUCCCUUGCAAGAGGAGGCUUCUAUCUCUGUGCUCCUUUUUACGGCAGCGAUCGAUUCCUUCCACGAGAGCAUGUAAGAUGAUUGUGUUUGUGUCCUCCAUCGCCGAGGUCAAGUUCCUUCACUACCUCCUCCCUCGCGCGGUCCUUCCCGACGACAUCCCCAUCUACGGUCUCCAUGGAGACAUGACGCAGGCCGAGAGGACUAAGAGCUUCUACGGCUUCACCGCCUCCUCCCGCGCCAUCCUCGUCUGCACUGACGUGGCGGCCCGGGGCCUGGACUUCCCCAAGAUCGAGUGGAUCGUUCAGUUCGACCCGCCCACGGAGCUGGAGGAGUAUGUCCAUCGCUGCGGGAGGACAGCAAGGAUGACUACUGAGGGAGAUGCACUCCUGUUCCUGAUGCCCCACGAGGAGAAGUAUGUUUCCCUCCUGGGCAAGCACGGGCUGAGCCUGAGUCCCAUCCCGACCCGCACGCUGCUGGUGAGUGAGGAGAGGAGGAGGAGAGGAGGAGAAGGAGGAGGAGGGGGAGGAAGAGAGGGAGAGGUAUGGAUGCUGCAGUCGAACCCUGACCCUCCUGCAGAGCUGGCCCGAGACGCCUUCACGUCCUUCACUCGGGCAUACGCGACGCACAACAAGGGGACCAAGGCAAUCUUUCAUCCUAAGGCUCUUCACCUUGGCCAUGUGGCUGCUAGCUUCGCUCUCCGUGAG